AGAGCGUUGCGAGCACAGAAAAAAACUUGGAAUAUCCGAUGCUCAGACGGACCACUAAAGUCUCCUCAGCUAGUGUGUCCUCUCUUUUUUUUUUGGCUCAACUCCUCGCUCAGAUGGAUAGCUCCUGCGUCUCUGGCUGGUCGUAGCUCUCUUGUCUUAAGCCACUGUGCUUGAGCUGUGCCGGCUGAUCGGUGUGCGCGCUGACACCGAGGGGCUCUCUGACAACGAACAGUGGCUGUCGGAGCAGUUGCUUUGAUGGUGAAUGUUCCAUGUGAGACAUCUGAGGAUCGGAGCUCGAGACACUAGAAGAAGCGCGGACUCGAGAGCAGAGGCUCGUAACUGACGCUUCAGAAAGCGGGAACUGGAGUGUAACGGAGUGAGGAAAAAACAAGGAGCUGCUUCUACUACUAAGGAAAAAAGCAAGGGGAUUAAUACAGAAAAAAUAAUAAAGCAGGAAGCAAACCAACAUGGAACAUUAAAGUGUUUUUUUUUUGUGUGUGUGCUUCUUCUUCUCCCUCACUGCUUGAUUUCUGUUCAGCAUCAGCCGCUCGGAGCCGGGGCUCUGCCUUCAGGACCAGCUGUGCUCCCGCUCUGUGUGUUUGUGAGGGUUUGGUGGGUGGGUGUGCUGGAGUGUAUUGUAAGUGUGUGCUUGUGUGUGUGAGAGAGAGAGAGAGUGUGUGUGUACCUGUGUGUGUGUGAGUGUGUGUGUGUAGCGAUGGCUGAAGGCUGCAGCUGCCAGUGUCCAGCUUGAGCAGCCGGUAUCUAACACGUGCUGCAAGAAAUCAUCCAAGUCAGUCAGGAGACGGCGUGACAGGACAACGGGCAAAAGCAAGGCAAGGAAUGCACGUUCCUCUGUUCUCUCCCUCGGAUGACAAGGUUUAAGCAGGACAAGACUUCUUUCCUGAUUACUGAUUCACUGUGAGUUUGUGGAUAUAAAGUGCACAGAUGUUGACACAUGCAAAUCAGUAACAUUCCCAACAUGGAAAAUUUGCACAGAGUUCAUUGCCCGUAGGAACACGACCCAGACCCCGUCCCUUUUCGGAUUUUAUCAGGAACAAAAUGUUUUGCCCUGAGACCACUUUCAAUUUUGUGCUUUGUUUUUCUGAAAGUCAGUACAACCAGGUUUUGUCUCUCCAUGCCAAAAUCUUUGGAUCAGUGUUCCUCCGGGAGCAACGUUUAAGGAUUUGAUUUUCUGCCCCUGAGGUGUCCUUUACAUUCUCAGUGUGGCGUACUUGGGGGGAAGCGUGGACUGGAGUAUGACCAGCUGUCACUACCCGACGCCGCGGCCGGAGCGGGACCGCAUGUACCAGCACAAAGUCUCACUGGUGGUGCGCUACUUUAUGAUCCCUUGUAACAUCUGCCUCAUACUGCUGGCUACAUCCACGCUGGGCUUUGCUGUGCUCCUCUUUCUCAACAACUACAAACCUGGCACCCCUCCGCCUGUCCCUCCUCCUGAUGGCUGUCGGGGAAAACUCUGUGGCUUCGGUGCAACGUGUGAAAGAGACCCUACCGACCCAUCGAAAGGAGAGUGUGUGUGCAAGAAGACGCAGUGUACAUCUGUCGUGGCGCCAGUGUGUGGCUCAGACUCUUCCACCUACUCCAACGAGUGUGAACUGGAAAAGGCUCAGUGCAACACUCAGAGACGCAUCAAGGUGAUGCGAAAGGGCCCUUGUGCUUUGAAGGAUCCCUGCAGUGAGGUGACGUGUAGCUACGGCAGCACCUGCAUCCAGUCUUCUGACGGCCUCUCGGCUAAGUGCAUGUGUCCUCUGAGCUGUGAUCACGUGCCUAAGGUUACAGUGUGUGGCAGCGAUGGCUUAGACUACCCCAGCGAGUGUGCGCUCAACAUGAAGGCCUGCUCUACCAACAAGAACAUCCGCCUCCAGCAUGUCGGCUCUUGCGAUCCAUGCCGCAUACACCAGAACAGCCUCAACAUAAUAUGCGUGUAUGACUCCCAGACCCAAAAGACUCAGAAACUGCCCCCAUCCUCGGCAUGUCCGCCAGACCCCGAACAGCUGUGUGCCAGUGACGGGAGGAGCUACAACAGCGCCUGCCAGAUGCAGCGCACGGCUCUGCAGACGGAACGGCUGCUGAAAGUGGUUCACUCGGGGCCAUGCAAGAAGCAAGAGGAAUGCCUGGAAAAUUGUAAGUUCAGUGCUGUGUGUUUGUUGGAGCAUGGAAGGGCACGCUGCUCCUGCGAGCCAAUCAGAUGUGACAGCACCUACGCGCCUCUGUGUGGUAACGAUGGUCACACAUACCCUAACGACUGCGAAAGGAGGCGUGCCGAGUGUCUCAGCCAAACCGCCAUCCGCAUCAAACAGCAAGGGCCCUGUGAUCUGAAUGCACUGAGCCCGUGUCUGAAGACGACGUGUGAGUUCGGGGGCUCGUGUGUGGUGAAGAACGGCGAGGCAGUGUGUGAGUGCUUGGAUACUUGCCUCCAAGCCUCUGACCCUGUGUGUGGCAGUGAUGGGCAAACCUACACCAGCCAGUGCCAGAUGAAUGCUAUCAGUUGCACCCUGCAAAAACACAUCCAGAUAAAGCACAAAGGACCUUGUGAUAAGGCCUGCAAAAACUGCUCGUUCGGUGCUAUCUGUGAUGAGCAGACCCACCGUUGCGUGUGCCCAAAGGAGUGUGUGGGUUCCAAGCAGCCUGUGUGUGGCAGCGAUGGCAACACUUACAUGAACGAGUGCGAGUUGCACGUACACGCCUGCAUUGAGCAGCUAGACCUACAUGUGGUGGUGCAGGGAGAAUGCAAGAACUGUGGCAGCACUGUGUGUAGUUGGGGUGCCCGCUGUGUCCAGAAUAAAUGUGAGUGCCCUCAGUGUGAGGGUCAGCCCGAUGCACAGGUCUGUGGCACUGACGGCAAAACCUACACCAACGAGUGUGAGCUACGACAGACGUCCUGUCAGGAGAAGAAGAACAUAGAAGUGGCAAGGCCUGGCAGCUGUGACGAAGAGUGCGGGUCUGGAGGCUCAGGUUCUGGGGUGGAGGCGUGCGAACAGGAACGUUGUCAGAAUUUCGGAGGCUCAUGGGAUGAAGACAGGGAGGAUGAUGGAUGUGUGUGUGACUUCAUUUGCCAGAACGUGCCUCGGAGUGAGGUCUGUGGGACAGAUGGUAAAAACUACAGCAAUGAGUGUGAGCUAAAGAAAACUAGGUGUGAGAAGCAGGUGGAUCUGAGGCUUCAUAGCCAAGGCCCAUGUAUAGCGACGGAGACGCUGCCUGGUAUGAUCAGUGCAACACCCUGCAGCGAGACUGUGUACGGAUGUUGUAAAGACAACAAGACUGCGGCACUGGGGGUCGAAAUGGCAGGAUGUCCCAGUAAGUGUCACUGUAAUCAGUAUGGCUCAUACGGAGGGACAUGUGACCCCAGCACAGGCCAGUGCUCUUGCAAGCCAGGAGUCGGAGGUCUAAAGUGUGACCGCUGUGAGCCCGGCUUCUGGAACUUCCGCGGCAUCGUGACAGAAAAAGCGAGCGGCUGUACACCUUGUAACUGUCAUUCAGUGGGCUCUGUGAGGGAUGACUGUGAACAGAUGACAGGCCUCUGCUCCUGUAAGACCGGAGUGAAGGGCAUGAAGUGUGACGUUUGCCCCGAUGGCAGCAAGAUGGCCACCAAUGGCUGUGACAAAGGUUUGCAGGUGUUACUGUCCUGUGCCGAGCUGCAGUGCCCCAACGGAUCUUCAUGUGUGGAGUCAGAGGGGCAGGUUCACUGCUCGUGUCCGUAUCCUGAGUGUGACCAGACGAACAAGACUAAGGUCUGUGGCACGGAUGGUGUGACCUACGCUGACUAUUGCCAGUUAAGAACUAUUGCCUGUCGACAGGACAAGGAAAUAACUGUGAAGCACUUAGGCCAGUGCAAAGAAUUCCCCCCUGAGCAGGGUGACAAGCCCACUCCCUUGGCCAUCACUCCACCCGCCACUCCCACUGCACCUGUCAAGGUCACCCCGACACACCAUGGCCUCACCACCACCUCAUCCGACUACGACACGGAGGACGGCACAAACACUUUGUUGGAAGGUGCUCCUCCAGCCCUGGAGUCAUCCCAGCCUUACCCCACCCACAGCCCCCCAACCACUCCUCACCAUCCACCCCGCUCCCCAUCACCCUCCUCCGGCUUUGAGGAUUCAGGCAGUGGGGAGCCCAGUGGGGAUGACGACAUGGAGGGUAGCACAGUGGAAGCGAGCGGAGACGAGCCUGUCGGUACCACUGUAGCAGCCACCACUCUCCCUACAGGUGAAGCACGUUCCUCCUGCGAUAACACACCUUUUGGUUGCUGCCCUGAUGGCAAGACCACUGCUAACACCCCUGAUGGCUCUAACUGCCCAUCCACCAUGCGCUUUACAGGCGUCCUGCAUCUGGAUCAGGUAGAUGGUCAGGAGAUCUUUUACACGUCAGAGUUGGAUGACCCUAAGUCAGAGCUGUUUGGUGAGACAGCUCGCAGCAUCGAGAGCGCUCUUAAUGAGUUGUUCCGCAAGUCUGAAGUACAGAAGGACUUCCAGAGUGUCCGAGUGAAAAAUCUGGCUCCCAGCAACUCCAUUAUGGCUGUAAUAGAGGCUCACUUUGACCCAGACACUAGAUUUACAGUAGAGGAUGUAGGGGACGCACUGCUGGAACAGCUUAAGACGGCUAAAGAACACGGCAUUGUAGUGAAACAACCUGAAGAGGACUACAUCCGUUUCACCAAUUAUGGUCUUUCUGUUCUUCCUUUCUUCACCACGUCUGCAACUACUGUUGCCACUGCUACACCCACUAUCGCUACCACCAUCACCACUACCACCACCGGAAGCACCAUGCCCCCUACCACCACCCCCAUAACAACACAAAAGCCAACCAGCACCAGACGGCCAUUCACCACCGGCAGAACAACCACAGCUGCCCCGAUCACCAGCACCCCAUCACCGCCCCCCACCACCAUUUCGCCCAAAAAAGCCUCAAGGCCGUGUGAUUCUCAACCCUGUGGCCACGGAGGUACCUGCGAGGACGACGGUGAUGAUUUCACCUGCACCUGUCCCGUUGGAAGAGGUGGAGCUGUGUGUGAGAAAGUGAUAAAGUAUUACAUCCCAUCCUUCGGUGGCAAAUCGUACCUGGCCUUUCCGACCAUGAAAGCCUACCACACAGUGCGUAUUGCCAUGGAGUUCAGAGCCUCCGACACGUCAGGUAUACUCCUCUACAACGGCCAGGAAGGCAAGAAGGAUUUCCUCUCUUUGGCUUUGGUGGAAGGAAAAGUGGAGCUCAGGUUUAACACAGGCUCUGGAACCUGCUCGGUGAUCAGCAGUGUCACAGUGAAACCUGGUCACUGGCAUCACUUAGUGGUAAUCCGUAACAGACGCAACGGUUCACUCAGUGUGGAUAAUGAGAUGCCAGUCGAGGGCCAGAGCCCAGCAGGUACUGACGGACUCAACCUGGACACUAAUCUUUUUAUCGCCGGGGUUCCUGAAGAAAUGAUCCAAGACGUGAAAGAGAGAACCUCAGUCACUACCGGUUUGAUCGGCUGUAUCCGCCUCCUGGAUGUCAACAACAUGGUGUACAACCUUCAGGAGAACGGGGGCAACGUUCUGUACGGCACCGGCGUCGGUGAAUGCGGUAACAACCCGUGUCUGCCCAACCCCUGCAAAAACAGAGGCUCAUGUCAGGUCAAAGAGGCUGAGAUGUUCCACUGCAAGUGUGUUAAUGGCUUCUCAGGUCCAACUUGUGCUGAUUCGCACAACCCAUGUGAGCCGAGCCCAUGCCACCCCUCUGCUCAGUGCCACAUUCUUCCAGAAGGAGGCUACAAAUGCGAGUGCCCCAUGGGCCGUGAGGGCAAGCACUGCAGAAAACUAUCAGAAAAGAAGGGCGCCUACAUUCCCUACUUCAGUGGCGACUCCUACCUGGAGCUGAAGGGCCUCCAUUUAUACGGUCACGAUCUGAGGCAAAAGGUCAGCAUGACUGUGGUCCUGCUGGCUAAUGACUCAAACGGCAUGAUCUUCUAUAACGGCCAGAAGACGGAUAGAAAGGGUGAUUUCAUCUCUCUUGCACUGAAUGAUGGCAUCCUAGAGUUUCGAUACGAUCUGGGCAAAGGGCCAGCUGUCAUUAGGAGCAAAGAGAAGCUGAAGCUGAACGUGUGGACCACAGUAAACCUGGAGCGAGCAAACCGUAAAGGAGAAAUCACUAUCAAUGGCAGAGACUCAGUCAGAGGAGAGGCUCCGAACCAGCACACAGAUCUCAACCUGAAGGAAUCCCUUUAUGUGGGUGGAGCACCAGAUUUUAGUAAGCUUGCCAGAGCGGCAUCAAUUAAAGCUGGAUUUAAAGGAGCCAUUCAGAAGAUUACUUUGAUGGGCACGUCGAUCCUAAAGGCCGAUAACGCUCUUCAAUCCAUGGAUGUGUCCAUGUACACACACCACCCUUGUUCCCGAGAUGUGUGCGAGAACGGCGGCGAGUGCAACCCACUGCUUGAGAGCUACGAGUGUGUGUGUCCGUUUGGCUUUACGGGACCACAGUGCCAGCACACUACCUACGAGAAAGCAGCCGGGGAUUCCGAGGCCAUUGCUUUUGACGGCCGAACGUUCAUCGAAUAUCACAACGGCGUCACCAAGAGUGAGAAGGCCUUGCUGGUGAACAAGUUUGAGCUAAGCAUCAAAACUGAGUCCACUCAUGGUCUUCUCCUGUGGAGUGGAAAAGGUGUGGAGCGUUCUGACUACAUUGCGCUGGCCAUCGUGGAUGGACGUGUCCAGAUGACCUACGACCUUGGUUCCAAACCAGUAGUCUUGCGAUCAUCGGUGCGGGUCAACACUAAUCACUGGAUCCGCAUUAAAGCCAGCAGGGCUCUGAGGGACGGAUCUCUGCAAGUCGGCAAUGAGGCAGCAGUGACGGGCUCCUCACCUCUGGCUGCCACUCAGCUGGAUACAGAUGGCGCCCUUUGGCUGGGUGGACUUGAGGAUAUGGCUGUGGCCCGUCGCCUUCCCAAGGCCUACAGUACAGGCUUUGUGGGUUGUGUGAAAGACGUGAUCGUAGAUGGCGUGGAUUUGCAUCUAGUAGAGGACGCCUUAAACAGCCCCAAAAUAUUACACUGUUCAGCCAAAUAGCUUGGCACCACCUCCUCUUAACACCAUGUCUACUGCUGUAAUUAUUUUCUAUUUUUGUAUACUUUUCAUUGCUUUUUAUAUUGGAAAAAAGAUGGCAUUGUUUUAAUUUUGGUUUGUUUCCAUUAUAUAUAUAUAUAUAUAUAUAUAUAUAUAUAUAUAUAUAUAUAUAUAUAUAUAUAUAUAUAUAUAUAUAUAUAUAUGUAUAGUAUGAUCGGAUCGGCGCUUCCAUUCAUCUACAUUUUUUUAUUUUUCCCCCCAAAUUGCAGUUACAUGGUGUCGCAAGACAAGAAAAUAUGUAUUAUAUUUGCGGUGUUGUUUUUAGAACACCAGAAAACAAAAAAAUCAUUAUCUUGCUCAUUACUUGAAAUGGUGAAUAAGGUAGGUGCUGUUUGUCUUCUCUCGACUGCCUUCUCUUGGUGCCAUAAUUUCCUACGUUGUAGUACACCUUGUACAUUCCACUAAGCUGCUGCUGUGGUUAAUGCCUAUCGCUUUCAGCAGCGUUUUCCGAACAAAGCAUGUGUGACUUUUAUCUUUACUAACGGACAGUCACCGUUAACUUAGCUGAACAAGAGUCCAAGUCCCAUUAGUCCAGUAACCAGCAUCCAGCCCCAUUUCUAUUUAUGGUUUUAAGCUCCUUGCUAACACAGAGCUUCAGAGCUCAACAAAAUAUUUGCAUAGCUCUUCAGAAAUGUCUGAAAUAUCAAGCUGAACUCUCAGUGACUGACACUCAAGAUGUUAGCAAUUGAUAGGACAAUAAUACAAGAGACUGUGAACAAUGAGAAAUAAGUCUUUUCCAUCACAAGCAUCCGUCUCGUGUGCCGUGCGCCGUAUCUAAUACUUAAGAAUGACCACUUGCUGCAUGCAACGUUUUACAUGUGAAGUUCAGUUUGUCUUGGUUUAUCUUGAGCUUUCUUAUUCCUUUCAGGGAAAAACUUGAGUUGGUUGUGUUGCAUUGCAAUGUUUAUGUAUCUUCUGAUUUAAGGUGUUUGCUUGGUUAGUUGGUUGGUUGUUUGUUCUGACUUUUUUAUUUUUUUGAGUUUGGGCGAAUAAAACGAUGGACCUUGUUUUGCAUGCGUCAGUCUGUCACGCUCUAAAAGUAAGAAAUGGCUGCUACACUUGUCUCUGCCAUGAGGAGGCAUUGUAGCACAAGGAGACGAAAGGGGAGCGACAGAAAACAGAUGACAGCAGGGUGGUUGCAAGAACACUGACAUAUCCGUCUCAUUUUCAGUCUUUCCUGAACUCAUCAGGAUUUUGCUUCAAGCGCUACUAUUAAACCAUUACCGUCAGCACUUGCAUAGAAAAAAAAAGGGACGUCUAGACCCUGGCGUUUGAUGUCUAGACGCUUGAAUUUUCUGACUGGUUCUGGAUCAGCUGUUAGAAUAAGCAAACGUAUCAAAAACAAUAACAAAUAAAAUAAUAAUAGUAAUAAUAAUAAUAUUAUUAUUAUUAAGAAGAAGAAUUAUAAUAAUAAUAAUAAUAAUAAUAAUGCAUGGGGUUUGUUAUAUGAAAAUGAUUUUUGUAACAUGUUUGAAAACAAAUGUGAUGCAAUUGUUUGUACUGCUGACCUGAUCAUUGUAAGAAAUAUUUUAGUUUCAAUACAAGUCCAAAACUACAAAAAAAAAAAAAUCAUGCCUGUUCACAGUAAAGUAUCCUGUUGUUAUUUUGUGGAGAAAAAACUAUCCUUUUUUUUCUUCUUCUUCUUCUUUUUCUUUUGUUUUUUCCUUUCUUUUUUUUUUUAAAGCAGUGAGACACCUGAAUCGUUUUAUAUAGCCCUAUCUCUAUGUAAAUGAAUAAUGCGCAUCUGUGGAUUUAUUAUUUUUUUAGUAUUAUACACUGGAAGCAAUUCUAACUUGUCUGUCAGUUUCACAUCUUCUGGUCCUGUGUGUUCGGGGAGAAAAACAAUCAUAUAUUGGUAUAUACAUAUAUAUAUAUAUAUAUAUUGAUUACAGUGAAGGGUUUUGUAGUGUUACAAACCAAAAACCCAACAGCCCAGUAUUUCUGUAUUAGCUGAACAUCUUUCCUUUCUUACAUAGUGUCCAUAUUGGUUUUAUCCUUAUCUUUUCCUCCAUGGUUAGUUUUUUUUUCUUUUUUCUUUUUUUUUCUUUUUUUAAAACAAAAACAAAAGGGACCUCCUGCAUGCUUGGAGGACGCUGACAGGACAGAGUGCUGGGCUCAUGAAGAUGGGGCGCACGCAUGAACAUCCAAUGUCUGGAUGGGAACUGUCUGAGAAUUGCCUUAAACCCAUCUUCACUCACCGGUGACAGAGUCGACGUCUUUAAUAAUCUACUCCAUGCUCUCUGUUUAGCCUCUAUAUUAGCCAGAUCACAACAUUGUGUAAAUGAAUUCAUAGAUAUUAAUAUUUGUAUUAAUACUGUUUAUGAGAAUAUCCCAGAAUGCCUCAAAAAAAUUGACGCUCUGGACUCUACAGAUAGAAUAUUUACUGUUUAAAUGCUAUUUUCAAUAUCUAUUUAUGUCUUUGAGUGGAUUCCAUUACUGGCCUUUGUAAACUACUGUUUUGAUUCAGAUAUUCCUGAAGGGCAGUGCUCAGAAUGAGAGUGGCAUGACAUUCCCAUUACUAACUUUAUUACUUGUGUCUUGUGUUCCCACCACCAUGAAAUAAAGUGUAAAACAAACUCA